GGUUCAGUUGUUUUCAACUCGUCCCAACGACCAGUCGCAGUAGCCCAACUAACUAAGGUGUGUGUUUUUAUCUGCCAAAAACCAUCGGAAGAAGAAGUCCACUUUCGCAGCAAUCAAAGUAACCAGUGUUGAGAAGAGGAGAAGCGCAGUGAUAAACCUGUCUACAUUCUGUCUCAUUCAGAGCCUGCUUUGAGGGACGAGAGGUAGAUGUUUGAAAAAUUCAGCUGUUUUGUCCCAAAUCAGUCGCGAGUUUGCCAUUCGAAACCCGUUUGAAAAGACCUUACCGAUAGAGUAUGAAUGCAAAAGUUUGCUGAAACUCUUUCAAUUACCAAGUGCGUGUUGAUUAAAGUUUUGCGAGAAAGUUGCAUUGAUUACGUAAAGCGAGACAACAGAAGUAACAAAAUGCUGUCGACGAUGAUCCGAGCGGGCGGUUCCGUAGGGCGUCAGCUGAUCCGGUCCGCUGAGGUGGCACCCGCUGGCGUGCGGACCAUUUCCAAGAGCAGCGAGGUCAACUCCGACUACAUGACCAUGCGGGACAACAACCCGACCCCGAAAGUGAGCCGAGACUACCAAAGCAAAAUGCAGAUAAGACUGAAGAAAGUUUCGAGAACGCUCUCGACGCUCAACUGCUCGGUGCCGGAAGCGGCCACCCACACCGCGGUCUCCAAGAGCGAAAGCCGCGAAUUUAUGGCCGUCUUCCCCGAUCUGGUGCGCGAUCUGACCGACUACAUCAAGAAGUACGACGAAAAGGUGGCCGCCAAGUGGUUCGCCCGUGCCCUCCAGUACAACGUGCCCCAGGGCAAGAAGAACCGCGGGUUGGCCGCCGUGCUGGCCUACCGGAUGCUGGCCAAGAGCCACGAGCUGACGCCGGAGAACAUCCGGCGGGCGCACUAUCUCGGCUGGUGCAUCGAAAUGUUCCAAUCGGUGUUCCUCAUCUGCGACGACGUGAUGGAUGGCAGCCAGACGCGCCGUGGCCAACCAUGCUGGUACAAGGUGGACGAUGUUAAGCUGACCGCGGUCAACGAUGCCCUCAUGCUCGAUGCGGCCAUCUUUCACGUGCUGAAGAAGCAGUUUGGCGACGAGCCGUACUACAACAAGCUGGUCGAGAUGUUCAACGAGAUCAAGUUCAUCACCACGGUGGGCCAAUCGCUGGAUCUGCAGUCGGCCAAGCUGGACGUUACCCAGUACACGAUGGAUCUGUACAAAUCGAUCGUUUCCCACAAGACUGCCUACUACACGUUCUACCUGCCGGUGGCGCUGGCCAUGCACAUGACUGGUUUCAACGACCCGGAAGUGUUCCGCCAAACCAAGACCAUUCUGCUGGAGAUUGGUCGUUUCUUCCAAGCCCAGGAUGACUUCCUGGACUGCUUCGGCGAUCCGGCCGUGACCGGCAAGAUUGGCACGGACAUCGAGGAGGGCAAGUGCACCUGGCUGGCGGUCGUUUGCAUGCAGCGUGCCUCCGACGAGCAGAAGGAUAUUAUGAAGGAGUUCUACGGAUCGAGUGAUCCCGAAAAGGUGGCCCGCGUCAAGAAGCUGUACGAGGAGCUCGGACUUCCAACGACGUACGCAAUCUACGAGGAAGAAUCGUACAACAUUAUCAAGACUCACAUUCAGCAAAUAUCUCGGGGACUCCCGCACGAGCUUUUCUUCAAAAUCAUGGAGAAAAUCUACCGACGGGAUUGUUAGAUAUAUAUCAAGCCGAAAUCCGUGUGGAAAUCGGAACACCGAACUGUUGCAACACAAAUACAAUAAUAUUAGCAAUAAGAACCCCUCCUACCUGUACUAAUCGAAAAUAUUACCCAAUCUUUUUGUAGGACUGGUUAAUCUUUCCAAUAUUAUGUAGUGAUAGUAAGCUAGAUGAGUGGAGUGAGCUUGGAUGAGGUUUUUAGAAAAUCUCUGUUAUGGCUUGCAAUAUACUUAAUUGUUCACGUGGAUUAGUUUUCAUUUGUCAUCGUCAGAUCAAACAUAUGUGAUAUGUUUUCAUUUUUCUUGAUCGGUAGGCACAAUAA